AUGAAAUGUUUUUUUAUAGUGGAUGCACAAAAUGACUUUUUACCACAAGGUUCAUUUAAUUCCAAAACUGAAUAUCUUGAUGUUCUACAUAAAAUUAAUUCAAUAAGAUUGAAAUUGUACAAUUGUAAUGAAGAAAAUUUAAUCAGUUUAAAAGACUGUAUGAAAUUAACGGAAAACAAAGAAUCUUCACAUGAUAAGAAUAUUGAAGAAUAUUAUAAAUGUCACAGCGAAAUAGAUGAUGAAAAAAGUUUAGAUAAAAUUUUUAUUUUUCCUUUUUUUAAUAAUAGUAUUAAUUUAAAUGGAUAUAGAACAUUACAAAAAAGAUAUAAAGAGAAUAGUAAAAAAAAAGGAAACUUUGAUAUUCAUUUUGAAGGGAAAAAUGAAAAAAAAUCAUAUAAUGGUGAUGUAGAUAAAUAUGGGGAUAACAUAAAUGAAAAAUUUAUAGAAAAAUAUGAUAAAUUACAAGGAGAUUGCAACUUAUUUAAUUUUUCUCUAUUUAUUUUGUCAGUUGAUUAUCAUCCACAAUUUCAUAUUUCUUUUGCGGAAACACAUAAAAUAAUUUAUGAACAAAUAUGUAAUAAUAACUUAUAUAUUAAUGAAAAUAAAACUAAUGAAAAAUUAUUAUCAUUUCAUAAUAAGAAUAUACAGGAAGGAAAAGAUAAUGAAAGUAUAAAUAUUGUAGAUAACUUAAAUUAUAAUUUUUUAAAAAAUAACAAUAUUAAUAAUUUAAGUGAUGUAUGGAAAAACAUAAAACGCAUUAGAAAAACAAAAGAAAUUUAUAAAAAUGUUAAUUCAAUAAAUGAUAUCAAAGAAUUUCAAAAAAUAGAAUUUUUAAAUCAAACAAUAGAUAUAUGGCCUGUUCAUUGCGUAAAAAAUACGCGUGGUUGUAAAGUUCAUGAAAAAUUAAUUAGACAUCUUAAUGAUAUUAUUGUUAAAAAAGCUCAAGAUGAAAAUAAAGAUAGUUACACUAUUUUUGAAAAUGAAGAAGUUAAUGAAAAUUUGAUAAAUAUAUUAAAAGAAAAAAAUGUAACAUCUGUUUAUAUAUGCGGCUUUAUAUUCGAAUAUUGUGUAAAAGAAACAGCACUAAGCUUCCUUAAACGUGGGUAUGAGACAUAUAUCAUUGAAGACGCGACAGCUUAUUUAUAUGAAAGAGAAGAAGAAAAAAAUGAUUUAAAAAAAAAAGGAAUUAAGUUCAUACAAUCAUAUGAUAUUUUUGCCUAG